AUGAGUCAUCAGGAGGAUGAAAAUGGAGGCAAGAACAUGGGGAAAGCUUCGUUACGUGUUGCUAAUUAUUGCAACAAGAAUAGUCCAGUCGGUGACGAGUCCAAUCCACACAAAAUGAAAGUAUUGCUACACCGUUUGGGGAAGAAACGGCGCAUGCCAGGAUUUUCGGGACUGGAUGGUGAUGGUGAUGAUGAUGAGGGAACAACAGACGCCGAGGUGAUUGCUUCAAAAAAGACCCGAAUAAUUGCUGAUGCAUCAUCGAUUGAAAGUCCACCAAAGUCGUCAUCGGAACCAAAAAGCCCAGUACCCGCCAACAAGCCUAAGGAUUCUGUGAGCCUUGCUCCUGCAUCAUCCAACAAUGAGGAUAAGGCAGACCCGAGCACUUCCGUUAGCCUAAGAUCUGCCUCUCCUCCCCAGCAGCGAGGAGAUGAUCAUGAAACGACGAUAACUCGUGUUUAUAUUGAUUGUGCAACACUCCCUGAUCCCCCAAGGCUAGAGCUGACCGAAAGCUUUGUAGAAAAGGUUUACAACAUGCUGGAACAAAUAGAGUUUAACGCCCAGUCGCACGUGGUGUCGUUUCUUCACCAUGGUCGCGCCUUUGCGAUUCAUCAUGACAAGAUGUUUGUGGAAAACUUACCCAAGUUUGGCUUGCCUCAAACGAGCGUGGAAGAUUUUGAACUCGCACUCAUGGACCAUGGAUUCCGACAAAUAGAAAGUGAAUGCGAUAAAGGGGCUUUUUAUCACGAGUUGUUCUUGAGGAGUCGACCUGGCCUCUGUGUCAACCUGCGAAGUAAUGCUACAUCUGCGCAGAAUGCGAAACGGCAGCAUCCUCCAGAGCCAAAUUUUGCAGAGUAUCCGCCAGUGCCCCCAAUGCCAUUUAGAGGUACCGAAAUACAUGUAAUGCCAAGAGGGAGAAACCCAAUGGCGCAUGUAAUGACCCCUCACCUGCCCAUGCCAACGGUGUUUCCAGUUCGGCAUGCCGCAACACUCUACUGCGACUGGGCUGCAUGGCCUGAUCCUCCACUACCGAUGAAUCCUAGAGGAUUAGAGGGCCACCUUUCGCUCCAAUUACAUGGCGUUUUGCAACAGAUGCAUCUUGAAGGCAACUCCCACAUUGCGUCCUUCCUUCAUCAUGGUAGGGCCUUUGCUAUCUACGACCAAGUCGGGUUUCAGCAAGCUGUGAUGCCCCGGUUUUUUCCGAGUUUGACAUUCCAGGAAUUUUUAAGGAACGUUGUUGAUUUUGGGUUCGCACAACUUCGAGAUGGUCCUGAUGCCGGGGCCUUUUAUCAUGAGUUGUUCUUGAGGGGUAGACCAGGUCUCUGUGUGAACAUGCAGAGACGCGCUUUUCCGCAACCUUUUGAUAAACAGCACCAGCUAAACUUUCAAGACUAUCCACCCAUGCCGGUAUAUGGAGGAUAUCCUCCUUUUCCCAACAUGCAGCCACCGAAUGAUCUCGUUGUGGCACCAUCCGUUAGCACACCAAAAAAUACAACAGCGGCACAGCCGAUUGCCGACCCCAAACAAACUGCACCACAUUCUGAAAUGACGACGGCAGGAAAGAAUGCAAAGAGGAAAGACACACCCACAAUGAGUCAAGAAGAGAUUGGGUCGCCACAAGGGAAAGUCACAGAAAAAUCACAUGCAAUGGAGAAAGAAGCAAGCUUGGUACUGUCGGCAUGA